GCAUUCUUGGCCCCAUGACCCUGCACCAGACCGAGCAGCCCAAGACGAAGACCGCUGCGCCGUCGCCAGCUAUCUCGACCAAGGCUGCUGCACCGGCGCCAGCCACGUCGGCCAAGGCUGCUGCGUCGGCGCCUGCCAUCUACGACGUCAUCCCGCGCGUGGCCAAGGGCGCUCAUGUCCAGGGCAUGGCCGCGUACGAGAAGGAGUACAAGCGCAGCAUUGAGAACCCGGAGGCCUUUUGGGGCGAGAAGGCCCGCGAGGCGCUCACGUGGUUCCACGAUUUCGACAUGGCCAAGUACGGUGGCUUCGAGAAGGGCGACGUCGCAUGGUUCCUCAACGGCAAGCUCAACGUCAGCACCAACUGCAUCGAUCGCCACAUUGCGACCCGCGGCGACAAGACGGCGAUCUUGUGGGAGUCGGACGAGCCGGGUGUCCACCGCCGCAUCACGUACAAGGAGCUGCUGGCCGAGACGUGCCAGAUCGCGAACGCCAUGUUGGCCCACGGCGUGCGGAAGGGCGACACGGUGGCCAUCUAUAUGCCCAUGAUCCCCGAGUGCAUCAUGGUCAUGCUUGCCUGCACGCGUAUCGGCGCCGUCCACAGCAUCGUCUUUGCCGGUUUCAGCGCGGAAGCCCUCCGCGACCGAAUCAUUGACGCGCAGAGCAAGUGGGUCUUCACAGCCGACGAAGGCAAGCGCGGCGGCCGCACGCUGCCGCUCAAGAAGACGGUCGACGAAGCCAUCCACGGCGUGCACGUGGUCAAGAACGUCUUUGUCUUCAAGCGCACCAACAACCCGAAGGUCCCGUUCCACCCCAAGAUCGACGUCGACAUGACCAAGGUGCUUCCGCUCAUGCGCCCGUACUGCCCGGCCGAGUGGAUGGACUCGGAAGACCUCAUGUUCAUCCUGUACACGUCCGGGUCGACGGGCAAGCCCAAGGGCGUCGCACACACGACCGGCGGGUACCUCACGUACGCUGCGACCACGUGCAAGUACACAUUCGACCUCCAGGAAGAUGACGUCUACGCGUGCGUCGCCGACUGCGGCUGGAUCACCGGCCACUCGUACAUUGUCUAUGGCCCGCUCGUCAACGGUGCGACGACCGUCAUGUUUGAGUCGACGCCCAUGUACCCCGACUGCGGUCGCUACUGGGACCUCGUCGAACGCUACAAGAUCACCAAGUUUUACACGGCGCCGACUGCGAUCCGCGCGCUCAUGGCCCAUGGCACCGAGUUUGUUACCAAGUACGACCGGUCGUCACUCAAGGUGCUCGGGACCGUCGGCGAGCCCAUCAACCCGGAAGCGUGGAAGUGGUACUUUGAGGUCGUUGGCGACAAGCAGUGCAUGAUCGCCGACACGUACUGGCAGACCGAGACGGGCGGCCACAUCGGCGUCGGACUCCCGGGCGCGGCGCCCAUGAAGGCCGGGUCGUGCGGCCUGCCCUUCUUUGGCAUCGACUUUGCGAUCCUCGACGACGCGGGCAAGGAGCUUGUCGGCGCCAACGUGGAAGGCCGCCUUUGCAUCAAGGACUCGUGGCCGGGCCUCGCGCGCACCGUGUACGGCGACCACCACCGGUACCUCAGCGUGUACACGAUGCCGCACCCCGGGCAUUACUUUACGGGCGACGGCGCGCGCCGCGACGCCGACGGCUACUACUGGAUCACCGGGCGCAUCGACGACGUGCUGAGUACGUCGGGCCAUCGCAUCGGCACGGCCGAGGUCGAGUCGGCGCUCGUGGCGCACAACGUGGUGACCGAGGCGGCGGUUGUCGGCUUCCCGCAUCGCGUCAAAGGCGAGGGCAUCUGCUGCUACAUCACGCUCAUCCACGGCGUCGACGGGUCGGCGAGCGUCACGAAGGAGCUCGCGCAGCAGGUGCGCGGGCACAUCGGUGCGUUUGCGACGCCCGACAUCAUUGUGUUUGUGCCGGGCCUCCCCAAGACGCGCUCGGGCAAGAUCAUGCGCCGCAUUCUGCGCAAGAUCGCCCACGGCGAAGAAGACUCGAUCGGCGACGUCUCGACGCUCGCCGAACCCGAGGUCGUGCCGGCCAUCAUCGACAACUUUAAACAGUCGCUGAUCGGCAAGUCAUUCUAAGUACCCAUCCUCAUCUAAUGUAUCUGUUGUUUGCCUUUGUACAAA